AGUGAGAAAUCGCCUCAUCGAACAAGACGAGCACAUAUCCCAGAAGCCCUCCGCCUAGAUCCCUCCGCAGCACAGCUACCAGCAGCGUUCUUCAACAGACAACAUGGCAGACAAGAAGCAGACCGUGGAUCUUGGGCUAUUAGAGGAGGAUGAUGAAUUCGAAGAAUUUCCAGCAGAGGACUGGACAGGUCUGGACGAAGACGAGGAUGCACACGUCUGGGAAGACAAUUGGGAUGACGACAACGUAGAAGAUGACUUCUCGAAUCAACUCAGAGCGGAGCUGGAAAAGCACGGCUACAAGAUGGAGACGUCGUAGUGCUUUGCUAAGGCCCCUUUGGCGUUGACCAACGUUGGAUACAGACUUUGAUGUUAAACGUUUCCAUUGUGAAGCAAUGGUAUAAAAAUAUGUUUUUGUUUUUGUAAGAAAUAUUGAAGUAAAGUUUUGAAAAAUAAUGUUGGUGUUCAUUUUUUUGUUUAUGUGAAAAUUAGGGAUUGUUUUCUUCAGCUGCUGUAAUGCUGCCUAGUUCAGUUAGAUUAUCACUUGGCUGGAUUGGAAUUAAGUUAUUAUUAAUGUUCUUGGUGCGUAAACUAAAUUUGCAUUCAGUAGUUACUGAACCAAAUCCAUCAUUGUUUUGAACCUCUAAAAUGUAGUCUUGGUUAAUAAAUAAAAGCAAUUUUCCAAUCA